UCUGGAUGUUGAGCUUUAAGCCAACUUUUUCACUCUCGUCUUUCACUUUCAUCAAGAGGCUUUUUAGUUCCUCUUCAUUUUCUGCCAUAAGGGUGGUGUCAUCUGCAUAUCUGAGGUUAUUUGAUACUUCUCAGUCCCAGACUUAGAUCUGGCAAAGGAAGAUAGUUGUAACUGAGUGCAGCAUUCCACCAGCCUGGACUCCUAGAAGAGCCCAAGGAGGGAUGGGCAGCUAUCCAUCAGCCUCAAAGCCCUGGUCAUGCCUCUAGCUGCUGCUUCACACUACUGGGGCUUUGAUACCCUCAUGUAAGCUCCUCGGAAGACAGACUCCAGAAUCAUCCUGCAUCUAAGCCAGAUCAUCCCUAGAAAGGGUUUCCAGGUAGCCACCAGCAGAACAGAAGGCUAGGAAAACAGGGAACCAGUCUCCUCUGGCUCUAAUUCUCAUGAGAGCCAGUUCUACAGUUUCUUCUGGGCAGUAAUCUGAUGGAGCUGGACUCCUGUCUCUCGAUUGCGGCACGGAUCUACACCGCUCUCCUUCCAUCUCCGCGCUGACGUUCCCUCUACACACUCUGAGCCCUCCAGUCACAGUCUGCAGUUCCUGCAGCUUCAUAGAUACUGGAGAUGUACUGUGGAUAUGAGUCACUCCAGGAGGCCCUUUCUGACCCCUCACUGUGUCCUGAGUUUCUCCUACGUUUGCUGACCUCUGGUGGUGAUAGUUUGAACUGUACUAUCUUUUUAUAGUGGUCGGCUGACAGGUAUUGGUACACAUUUUCUCAGUCCAUAUUCAAAUACUGUGUUAGAAAAUAUUUUUUACUGCUGAAUUUUGUAUUUUCUUUCAGGCAUCAUGGCCAUAAAUGCCAAAAAAAAAGAAAAAGAAAAAAACAGGGCCUGGGCUUUAGAAUCAGACUUACUACGUCCAAGCCUAACUGCUAUUUCCUGACCGAGUGACCUUGGUCAGGUUACCUAAAUUCAGCUUUCUUACCUAUAAAGUGAAGAUAAUAAUAACUCAAUGGGAGAAUUAGAUGUGAUGAUUGUAAAAUUCAUAGCCCUAGUCGUGCCCUAGCACAUAGGUGCUCAAUAAAGUUUGUUACCUUUUCUAUAAUGGUCAUCAGUGUGAUUUUUUAAAAAUUUUAAUAACAUCAAAUCUACCUUCAUACACCUAUUUUCAAUGUGAUUUUUUAAAAACUCUAAUUUUAUACAGCUGCUUUCCUGACCCUUGAGUUUAGAAAAUCAGGUCAACUCAAAGUCUAGGCCUGUGAAGCCUGUCUGUGCCCACAGAACCGCAGAUCUGAGCCCAGAAAAUAAGAGCUAGAAGGGCUUUUGGGAACAGGUGAAUGGCUCUGAGCACUUAACCUCACUUGGGUUUCCAGCCUGGGAAGAGCUGACAGCAGCCAGCACUUUUUCCUAGGGUCAGCAAAGGGCAGAAGUUUGGCAUCACUCUGUUCUCAGUGGGAACUCUAAGGCCCCCUCCUCCCACUUUACAGAGAAAAGGAGGUGGCUGAACAGAGGAAGAUACAGGACUGGUUCUCUGCUCCUCCCUCUCUCCCUGCUUUUCCCCACACCCAUCCUCUCCCCCACAGCAGCCGUCUCCCCCACAGAGACGGGGAAGAGGGAGGAGGGUGGAGUUGGGGGCUGAAGGAUCAGAAGCCCCACGGUGCUCUGUGUCUGAAGGAAGCUCUGGCCAGGGUCAGCUGUGCUGGCUCCUGCUGCCCCCUCCAGCAUGAUGCUGGGGGUCCUGGGGCUCUGGGCACUGCUUCCUACAGCUGUGCAAGCACCCCCCAGCAGGCGGACCUGUGUGUUCUUCGAGGCCCCUGGAGUGCGGGGAAGCACACAGAACCUGGGGAAGCUGCUGGAUGCAGGGCCGGGCCCCCCCAGGGUUAUCCACUGCCUCUACAGCCGCUGCUGCUUUGGAAUCUGGAACCUGACCCAAGACCAGGCACAGGUGGAGAUGCAAGGAUGCCGAGACAGUGAUGAGCCAGGCUGUGAGUCCCCCCGCUGUGACCCAAGUCCCCGAGCCCAUCCUCGCCCCAGCUCUACUCUCUUCACCUGCUCCUGUGGCGCUGACUUCUGCAAUGCCGAUUACAGCCAUCUGCCUCCUCUGGGGGGCCCUGGGACACCUGGUUUGGAGGGCCCCCAGGCCAUCUCAGGGGAGUCCACCUGGAUAGCGCUGCUGCUGUUGGGACUGUUUCUGCUGCUGCUGCUGCUGAGCAGCAGCAUCUUGGCCCUGCUGCAGCGGAAGGCCUGCCGAGUGCAAGGUGGGCCAGAGCCAGAGCCAGAGUCAGAUUCAGGCAGGGACUGGAGUGCUGAGCUGCCGGAGCUGCCUGAGCUAUGCUUCUCCCAGGUCAUACGGGAAGGAGGUCACGCAGUGGUGUGGGCUGGGCAGCUGCAAGGCAAGCUGGUAGCCAUCAAGGCCUUCCCCCUGAGGGCUGUGGCCCAGUUCCAAGCUGAGAGAGCGUUGUACGAGCUGCCAGGCCUACAGCAUGACCACAUUGUCCGCUUUAUCACCGCCAGCAGGGGCGGCCCUGGCCCCCUGCCCUGUGGGCCCCUGCUGGUACUAGAACUGCACCCCAAGGGCUCCCUGUGCCACUACUUGACCCAGCACACCAGUGACUGGGGCAGUUCCCUGCGGAUGGCACUGUCCCUGGCGCAGGGCCUGGCAUUUCUCCAUGAGGAACGUUGGCAGGAUGGCCAGUACAAACCAGGUAUCGCCCACCGAGAUCUGAGCAGCCAGAAUGUGCUCGUUCGGGAUGAUGGGUCAUGCGCCAUUGGAGAUCUGGGCCUCGCCUUGGUGCUCCCUGGCCUCGCCCAGCCCCCAACCUGGGCCCCUAGUCAACCCCGAGGGCCGGCUGCCAUCAUGGAGGCUGGCACCCAGCGGUACAUGGCACCGGAGCUCUUGGACAAGACUCUGGACCUUCAGGACUGGGGCACAGCCCUGCGGCGAGCUGACAUCUACUCUCUGGCUCUGCUCUUGUGGGAGAUUAUGAGUCGCUGCCCAGAUUUGCGACCUGACAGCAGACCACCACCCUUUCAGCUGGCCUAUGAGGCAGAACUGGGCAGCGCCCCCACCACCUGUGAGCUGUGGACCUUGGCGGUGGAGGAGAGGAGGCGCCCUCACGUUCCAUCCACCUGGUGCUGCUUGACCACUGACCCUGGAGGCCUGAGAGAGCUCCUGGAGGACUGCUGGGAUGCAGACCCUGAAGCGCGGCUAACAGCUGAGUGUGUACAGCAGCGCCUGGCUGCCCUGGCCUCUCCUGAGGAGGCCCACCCCUUCCCUGAGGGCUGUGCGCAGGACUGCUCACCUUGCUGCCUGGAAGACCAUCUCUCCACUCCUCCCGUCUGCCAUUCUCCCCAGUAGGCUGCAGCUGAGUGCCUGCCACUUCACGGUUCAGCAAGGCCCUUUUUCCAGAAAUCCUCAACCUACCUGGACUACUUCUCCUGUGUAAAUAUGCAUUAUGUAGAACCUG